AUGGGCUCUAAUAAGGAACCUUUUGAGGAAGUGGAGCAGAUGGAGCAGCUGCGAGCGAGCAAGGACAUUGGCAACCAGGUUGAGCACCCAGUAGCAGAACCUCAUCUCAAUUGGCGCGUCAUUCCAGUUACUGUGGCCUUCUGGCUCGCAUGGUGUGCCUGGCAGUGCACCUUCAAUCUUCUCUCCGGGAUCCUCACCUAUGUCAAUGCUGACAUAGGUCCUGACCCCAACUAUACGUGGGCCGUCAUUGUGAUCAACAUUGGCAUAGCUGUUAUUUGGCCCAUCGCUGGUUCUCUUUCCGACACUUUUGGCCGACGAUACUUCUUCCUAAUCGGCCUGAGCUUUUCCUUGGUUGGGUCCAUCGUCGCGUGCACUGCUCAGAGUAUUUCUAUCCUGAUCCUUGGGAAUACCAUCCUCGGCAUUGGGACGGCGAUGCACCAAAUGAUCCUUGCGGGCAUCUCGGAGAUUUACCCAAACAAAUAUAGAGGCGUGGCAAUAGCAUCCGUGAAUUUCGUUUCCCUGCCCUUCGCCGGCCUCGGGCCCUAUGUUGCCCAUAUUAUCGUCGAACGUCUCACUUGGCGGUGGAUCUACUAUGUGGCCAUCAUCAUCGAUGUCGUGGCUUUCGUCCUGCUCGCCGUUUUCUAUCACCCGCCCAAGCCACAUCGGGAGCUCUCACGACGGCAGUUACUCAAGAACAUUGACUUCUUUGGUUUGGCACUUUUUGCACUGGGCCUCACGGUCUUCCUGGUGGGUGUGUCUUGGGCAGGGAGCACGUACUCCUGGAGUUCUGCUGCGGUCCUAGUCCCGAUGAUUUGCGGCGGUGCUCUUCUCGUGGCAUGUGGGAUUUGGGAGGUCUAUGGGACCAAGAAUCCUUUAUUUCCCUCGUUCCUAUUCAAGGAUAUGAGAGGAUUCACCAACGUCAUUCUCAUCUGCUUCGUGGCGUCGAUGCCGCUGCUCUCGUCGCUGACCUUCUGGCCGAUGCAAAUCGCCAAUCUCUACACGACAGACGCGGUCAAGAUCGGGCUCUAUACUUUACCCUUGACCAUGAGCACCGUAUUUGGAGGCGUCUUGACGGCCACGAUUCGAUGGUGGAAGCCUACAAACUACUAUCUGGUCGGGUGCGCGUGCCUCUACACCAUCUUCACGGGGCUUUUGUCGACUCUCGGACCCGGGGAUCUCAACAAGGCGUUGGCCUACGCCUUCUUGUACGGAUCGGGCGUGGGCCUUUUGGAGAUCGCCAUCAUUGUCAUCGUCCAGUUCUCGGUCAGCUCGGACCAUCUCGGUGCCGUUACUGGCAUCCUGAGCAGCAUGCGUGGAAUUUCCGGGGCCGUAGGAAUCUCCAUCUAUGGCUCGAUUAUUUCGACACGCUUGGCUCAAGACCUGCCGCAGAGAUUGGCGGGUGCCACACUCCCUCUGGGGCUGCCUGAGAGCUCAUUCCCUCUCCUCCUCCGGGACAUCUUCUCUGCCAACGUUGCGGGCAUCCCGGAGAUCCCAGGAAUCACACCGGCCAUCAUACAGGCCGCCGACACGGCAAGGAGGCUUUCUUGGGCUGAAGCAUUCAAACCGAUUUACUGGCUUGGAGCUUCGCUGGGGGUUGUAGCCGUCAUCCUGUCCUAUUUCACGCACGACAUUACCCCCAAGAUGGACAACCAGCUAGAUCUCGAUCUGAAAGAACAUGAACCUUCCCACCUUCACAACGUGCUUCCACAUCAUCAUCACCACCCCCACGACCACCAGCAGGAUGACAAGAAGGGAGAGGUAGAGCAGCGAGAAAUUCGUGUCCACUCGGCCGUCUAA